AUGUCAUCGUAUCCAUCGACAUCGCAGACGCUCCAAACAUACGGCGACUGCGUCUCUUCUCUGCGCACCUCCCUCUCCUUCCUGGAGUCGUCCGUCCAAACCCUAGACUCGGGCGUCGCCGACUUUCCACGAUUGUGCAACGUCCUCAAGUCUGUCCGCCACUACGAACUCAUCCCUGCAACAACCCUCUCCGCCGCCGAGGCCUCCCUCCGCUCCGAGAUCGGCCCCUUUGUGUCGCUGCUCCUCGACCGCGCAGAAGGACACCUGGACCGGCAGGCGCGGCGCAUCGAGACGCUCAAGGCCCGCGCGGAGCUGCAGGCCGGCCGGUUGAGCUCGACCUCGUCGCGCCCCGCCGGCGACGACGAGGCCGCCGCCGCGCGGAGGAAGCCGUCGGGCGGCAGGGCUGGGUCCGCAGCUGGGCGGAGGAAGCUGCAGGGCGGCGCGGCGCUCAGGGCCAAAAUGCUCACGCAGCGCAAGGAGGCGUUGCAGUACGCCGUCGACAGGCUCGAGAUGGAGGUGGCGCAGAAGGAGAAGGAGUUGAGGUUGAGGCUUGGCGACUUGGUCGCGCCAAGAGUCCAUUAUGUGACGCUUGAGGAAUGGCAGGAACCUCGGCAAGAUCACAAUCCGCCGACGAGGAACGGAUGCGCGUUGACGCUAGUCUCGCACAUUUCUCAACCCGAGAACGUUUCCGGGAUAACCAGACUCUCUGGUACCCAUUCUUAUGUUGAGGGCCCAUUCCUUGUGGUCGACGCUCCAAGCUCACGGUCGAGAUUGGUGGCGGGGAAACCAACUUCAGCCUUGUGA